AUGGCUGCUUCUUCACCUUCUACACCUUUCUUGGAAAUCAGACAAGAAAAUCAAAGUCAGAUAACACAACAACAUCAAUCUUCUACCGAUGUUUCAUCAACCGCUGCUCAACCUUUAGUGCCUAAAAAAAGAAGAAAUCAACCAGGAACACCAUAUCCAGAUGCAGAAGUGAUAGCACUAUCUCCAAAGACACUAAUGGCAACAAAUAGAUUUGUAUGUGAAGUGUGUCAAAAAGGGUUUCAAAGAGAGCAAAAUUUGCAACUUCAUAGAAGAGGACACAAUCUACCUUGGAAGCUAAAGCAGAAGAGUAACAAAGAGCCAAAGAGAAAGGUUUAUCUGUGUCCUGAGCCUUCUUGUGUUCACCAUGACCCUUCUAGAGCUCUUGGAGACCUCACUGGAAUCAAGAAGCACUUUUCUAGAAAGCACGGUGAGAAAAAGUGGAAAUGUGAAAAGUGUUCUAAGAAAUAUGCUGUUCAAUCUGAUUGGAAAGCUCAUUCUAAAACUUGUGGCACUAGAGAGUAUAGAUGUGACUGUGGCACUCUCUUCUCAAGGCGUGAUAGUUUCAUUACUCAUAGGGCAUUUUGUGAUGCACUAGCACAUGAAAAUGCAAGACACCCUUCCAAUAUGAACCCUUUAGCAACACAUCUAUUUUCCACAAACCACAUAGGUUUAGCCCUAAACCAAAACCAACAAACAUCCACAAACAACAUCUUAACCCUAGGAAACAUCCCUUGUACACCAAAAUAUGAACAUCAUUUGAUCUCACCUUUGAAUCCUUCAUCAUCAUCAUUUGGUCAGCAACAACAACAAUCACCACAACAACAAUCAAUGUCUUCGUCACCUUUCUUCAUCAACGAUCCAAAUCAAACCUUCCAACAAGACCUUUCUUCACCAUUCUCAAACAAACAACUUCAUCUUCAUCAUGGUCUCUUGCAACUUCCUGAUCUUCAAGGAAAUACCAACAACAACACGACUUCUUCAUCAGUAUCGCCUUUUAACCUAAGUUUCUUUCCGAAUACCAAUAGUAGCACAAUGCAUGAUCAGUUCAAUAACAUAAGCGAACCUCAUCAUCAUCAUCAGCAUCACCAAGAAGGUUUUUCUUCACUCUUUGGUAAUUCAUCAAUGCAACAAGAGAACAUGUUGUCAUCACCACACAUGUCAGCAACUGCAUUACUUCAAAAAGCUGCUCAAAUAGGUUCAACAACAACUACUACUAUCAAUAACAACGGCGUGGAAUCUAGUAAUGAAGGCUUAAGAUCAAGCAUGGAAAAUGAACACAAUCAACAUCUACAUGGAUUGCUAAACUCUCUUGGAAAUGGAAACACUUCAAUAUAUGGAAAUAUCAAUCAUGACAACAACAUUAACCUUGGUCAGUUUCAAAAUAUGGAGGAGAAUAAAAAGUUGCCACAACAAAAUCUAGCUGGUAAUUUGUGCUUUGGAGGAUCAGAUAAAUUGACUUUGGAUUUUCUUGGUGUUGGAGGAAUAGUGAGAAACAUGAGUGGUGGAUUUUCACAAAGAGAACAGCAACUACACUCCAUGAGUAAUAUGAACAACAUGGAUCCUAAAUUGGAAUCAUCACAAGCAAACCAACCUUUUUGA